AAACUAAAUCUAUCGAACAAGAGGAAGCCCAAGAAUCGGAGGAACCUCCUAAGGAAGAAAUGGUAGACGAACCUGGUCAGAGUGGAGCUACCGAGUCAGAUCCAGUAGCUGAGGAGACUUCAGCUGAGGAUGCUCCAGAAAAAGUUGACAGUGUCACGACCGACUUAAAAUCUGAAGAUCCAAAGGCUGAACAGACUGAAACCGUCACUGAAGCUGUGGAUGCAGCAGUGGUGGUGACUGAAGCUCCCUCAGCUGAAGGCUCCUUAGUCUCUGACGUUGAUCCUGCUGCUGUACAGGACAAUCAAAAUUUUGAUGUUGAUACUAAAGAAGCCAGUAAAGAUGGCACCACAGAACCGGAUAGCUCUCUUCUGAACGACGAAGGCUGGUGGUGACGAGCUGGACUACGGAGAUGGUGACGACAACAAGGAGGAGAUGAUCUCAUUCCAGAUAGAGGAGUCUGAGAUUGCCAUCGUGGAAACUGGUACCAAGGAGACAGCUGAGGAGUCUGUGCCGGCAGAAGCUAAAGCCGAGGAAGCUCCAGGGGAUGCUACAAAAAAGGAGGAUAAGCCUUCUGACGAAAAGGAGGAAGAAGGACAUCCGGAUAUUAUGAAGAUGAUAUGGGUCAGCAACCUUACUAAACAAACUCGUGCUCUUGAUCUCAAAACCUGUUUCGGACUCUACGGAAAGGUGAUGAGUGCGAAAGUUGUGAUGAAUCCCAACGCUAAAGAAGCUAAAUGUUUCGGUCUCGUCACGAUGUCCCAAGAGAGUGAAGCCGGGGUAGCGAUUCAGAAACUGAAUGGUUAUAAGCUCCAUAACAAAGAGAUUGUAACGUCAAGACCCAAGAAAGAUAACGCAGUGUUGCGUAAGAUGAGACAGCAGCAACUGAAACCUAGCAGUCGACCAGCUGGCAUCAGACCCCGUCACACUUCACCCGAGGACAAAAGCAAACCUAGAUCAGACAAAGAAAGGGCUGGUGACAGGGACAGGAGAGUCGUAUCCGGUUCGGGGACGAUAUCUGUAAAUAUUAAGUCUGACGAUUUAAAGAGAAGGUCUUCAGAUCGCAGAAGACGAACUCGCUCACGUUCCGCUACCAGGAAAGGACCAGGACCCUCAACAGGGGGACCAUCAACUUCUGUAAGAACAAGCCCUGCAAGAAGACCUGACCGACCUGAACGACCUAGGAGACGUACUCGAUCACCCCGAAGAAAAUCCAGGUCUCCAAGAAGAAAAUCUAGAUCUCCUCGAAGACGAAGUAGUCCUACCACCCGACGUAAGAGCCGGUCCCCAAGGCGGAAGUCCAAAUCUCCAGUUAAACCGAUCACUGAACGGACCGUCAGAAGGACCUCUCCUAAGCCCCGCUCGCCUAAACGACCCAGUCCUCCCAAACGUUCACCUCUUCACAAACGUCCCUCUCCUCGCAGGUCACCACCUUCUCGCCAUUCUCUAGGAAACAGACGUUCUCCCAGACGAUCUCCGAGGAGACCAGAUCGAAGGAGAAACUCAAGAUCUCCUAAACGAGCACGGAGGUCACAUUCCAGGGAAAGGAGGAGACCUAAGUCACGAUCUACUGAACGGAAGGUUACAGCAGGCUCCCCUGGAAAAGAAAUGGAGCUGAAGAUGUUGAGAGAGCAAACUGCGAAACAAGAAGCCGCUAUCAAGGCUCUUAUGCAAGGAAAUGUUCAGAAUUUGGGAGGUAUGCUUGGAGAAUCGCUCACUGAAAAACUUGCAGCUGAUCUGAAAUCAGCUCUUGUGAAGCAACUUCAAAACACUGUGAAAACAAUGUCUUCCAAAGCUACCAACAAGGCGGCUCUCAUUGAAGCACAAAAUGCUUCCAACGCAGCGAAGAUAAAGGAAAAUCUCGAGAAGAUGAAAGCUAAUGGACAAAUAACGAAUUUGAUAACAAAUCAACCGAGACCAGCUCCCCCUUCGUUAGCGCCACCACAAUUACAGACUUUCCCGAAAUAUUCUUCAGCUCCUAGCCUGCCUUCUUUCAAUCCUCUGAUGGUGUCCCACAAACAGCCUCCCACAGCUCCUGUACAGGAGUAUACCUCUCAACGCAGCUCAUCUCGAGACUCCUACUCUCGAUCCUCUCAUGAUAGGCCUCGCUCAACUCACGGUAGCUCGAGCCACCCCAGCUCCAGCCACCCCAGCUCCAGCCACCCCAGCUCGAGUCACCCCAGCUCGAGUCACCCCAGCUCGAGUCACCCCAGCUCGAGUCACCCCAGCUCUUCCCAUGGAGGCCCUUCCCACAUGAGCUCAUCACACGGCUCAUCAUAUGGCAGCUCCUCGCAUGGAACUAGUCACGGAUCUGCUCACACUUCCUCUCACAACCCUGGUCACAGUUCUUCUCACGGACACAGUUCCUCCAGCCAUAGUUCCUCCCGGGAUGGUCACACAAGCUCCAACUAUAACCCCUCAUCUUCUUCUUCUUCUUCAUCCCGACCUUCUAGAUCUGACACCUAUAGUAGUGCUAGGAGCGAGGCAAGGCCGAGUACUGGACAGCAAUCUAACCAAAUAAACGAUCUAUUGAAAUCGUUGCAAGGUGUUAAGGAGAUGGUCAACACAAAACCAAGCACUUAUGGGAAUGUUCCACAGCCUCCACAAGCUCCGGGCCCUAACACUUACCAGAAAGUUCAGCAACAGGUUCAACAGGUUCAAACUUACAAAACCAACCCGAUGAUGCAGCCGCCACCGAUGCCAUUCAGUCAACCUCCUCCUGGCCCCGCCCAGCAAUUUGGGAACGUUCCGGCUGCUAUAAACUUUACCCAACCAAACGGACCACCUCUUCAAUGGGCUCCACCGCCAUUUAACGCUGGCGCACCUCCUUUCCUGAACAAUCCUAACAAUCAAUUCCGACGAUGAAGCGUAAACAAAUCUAUGGAAUCCCCAAACGUUAUAACCCACUGUUCUCAAGAACGUGACUCCGAUCCAAACUGAACUUGAAUGUUUUUGAAACAAUUGAUAAGACCAGAAUAUGGAAUAGAGGUUAUCGAACAGUAUGUGAAUUUCGAAAAUAAGUUGCAAUUUUUAUGCUAUGUUAUUUGCAUUCCCUUCAAAGCUUGGGUUUGAUGCGCGCUGCUUUUAUUUUUCAUGAUAUUGAUAACGUAACAAAAUUCGAAUUGCUACAUAAUAUUUCUUUGUAUUUAACAAUGUGUCACAAACGAAUCUUAAAUUUAA